CGGUUCGGAGCCACAGCAGAGAUCCAGCGGUUGACGGACACAGAAGUAACGGAGGAUAAGCAGAAAGAGAUAAACAUCGGACCAGACGCCGCUUUUUCUGGACUUAAGUUGGACGCAGGGACGAAGAAGAACAGAACCUACGGAGUCCGAACCCGUUAAAGAAGCAGUAAAAUUUGCGGUCAGCGCAGCUUUAUCCUCUUGUUUCUAAUCUAAACAAGCUGCGAAGUGAGAGGACAGCCAUGAUUCCCCCCCUGUGCCUCGUGUUGAUGCUCGCCGCCUCCGUUCUCUCCGAGUCGCAGGUGAGGGAGACGGAGACGUGGAUGCCCAUCAGGACCACACAGACUGUCGCCAUGACGACAGGUGACCUGGAGGCAUCGGGGGACGCUUCCAACGGCUCCGACGUUGGCUUCUCUGACGACGAAGACGAUGAUGAAUACGAUGAAUACGAUGCAUCCGGGUCGGGAGGAGGAGAACCCGAGCUCACAGAAAGAGAGUCCAGACCUUCAGUUGAGCCUGACAUCAACGAUAACCGGAUCCCCGACCUGCAUCUCCCGGUGCGGCCCACCGUCAACGAGAUCGAGCUCGUCAAGGACAAGAACGAGAUCCGUCUGCUGGGGAACGAGCAGGGACCCAAGGACGAGAACCAGUCCAACGUCCUGAUGUCCCAGGCCACGGAGCACAGCAUCUUCAACAAGACGGAGGUUCUGGCAGCUGUGAUCGCCGCCUGCGCCGUCCUCCUGAUGCUCGCCGUGCUCCUCAUCCUCUUCCUCAUCUACCGCAUGAAGAAGAAGGACGAAGGCAGCUACGACCUGGGGAAGAAGCCCAUCUACAAGAAGGCCCCCACCACGGAGAUCUACGCGUAGACUCCGCCCCCUCCUCCAUCCUCCCUGACCUCUCACACACACAAACACACACACCUCAGCUCUGUACAAACCCAUCAGGGCCUCAUCUCCAUCACCUCACCUCCCUUCAACAGAGUGACAUUGGAUGAGUCCGGAGCCCCCGACGACUCAACCUAUUGACUGGCUCCUCCUCCUCCUCACACCUGUAUGAAAAUAACUGACCAAUCAGAGGAGGGGAAUCCUGGAGCGGCGGGAUUGGACCGGUUCCGCUGCGGCGUGCCGUGUUUUUUUGUUUUAUUCGGAUCUGUCCUCGAGUUGAAAG